AACCUAGCGUUCAAACAGGGAAACGGUUCCAAUUGUUUUUCCACCAUUAAUUUUUCCCUUAAGGGAUUUUAGAAACACUUCAAAUAAGGCCUGUGGCCUCCUGAGUGGCGCAGUGGUCUAAAACUCUGCAUCGCAAGCUGUGUCAGAGCCCGGCCGUGAGCGGGAGCCCCAUAGGGCGACACACAAUUGGCCCAGGGUUUGGCCGGGGGGCUUUCCUAGGCUCAUCGCACUCUAUCGACUCCUUGUGGCGGUGUUAAAGUGUUAAACAAAUCAAAGGUGCAGAGAUUAUCACAGCUUGGAGGUGCAGAGAUUAUCACAGCUUGGAGGUGCAGAGAUUAUCACAGCUUGGAGGUGCAGAGAUUAUCACAGUUUGGAGGUGCAGAGAUUAUCACAGCCUGGAGGUGCAGAGAUUAUCACAGCUUGGAGGUGCAGAGAUUAUCACAGCCUGGAGGUGCAGAGAUUAUCACAGCUUGGAGGUGCAGAGAUUAUCACAGCUUGGAGGUGCAGAGAUUAUCACAGCUUGGAGGUGCAGAGAUUAUCACAGCUUGGAGGUGCAGAGAUUAUCACAGCCUGGAGGUGCAGAGAUUAUCACAGCCUGGAGGUGCAGAGAUUAUCACAGCUUGGAGGUGCAGAGAUUAUCACAGCUUGGAGGUGCAGAGAUUAUCACAGCCUGGAGGUGCAGAGAUUAUCACAGCUUGGAGGUGCAGAGAUUAUCACAGCUUGGAGGUGCAGAGAUUAUCACAGCUUGGAGGUGCAGAGAUUAUCACAGCUUGGAGGUGCAGAGAUUAUCACAGCUUGGAGGUGCAGAGAUGAUCACAGCUUGGAGGUGCAGAGAUGAUCACAGCUUGGAGGUGCAGAGAUGAUCACAGCCUGGAGGUGCAGAGAUCAUCACAGCCUGGAGGUGCAGAGAUUAUCACAGCCUGGAGGUGCAGAGAUCAUCACAGCCUGGAGGUGCAGAGAUCAUCACAGCCUGGAGGUGCAGAGAUCAUCACAGCUUGGAGGUGCAGAGAUCAUCACAGCUUGGAGGUGCAGAGAUCAUCACAGCCUGGAGGUGCAGAGAUCAUCACAGCCUGGAGGUGCAGAGAUCAUCACAGCCUGGAGGUGCAGAGAUCAUCACAGCCUGGAGGUGCAGAGAUCAUCACAGCCUGGAGGUGCAGAGAUCAUCACAGCCUGGAGGUGCAGAGAUUAUCACAGCCUGGAGGUGCAGAGAUCAUCACAGCCUGGAGGUGCAGAGAUCAUCACAGCCUGGAGGUGCAGAGAUCAUCACAGCCUGGAGGUGCAGAGAUCAUCACAGCCUGGAGGUGCAGAGAUCAUCACAGCCUGGAGGUGCAGAGAUCAUCACAGCCUGGAAGUGCAGAGAUCAUCACAGCCUGGAGGUGCAGAGAUCAUCACAGCCUAGAGGUGCAGAGAUUAUCACAGCCUGGAGGUGCAGAGAUCAUCACAGCCUGGAGGUGCAGAGAUCAUCACAGCCUGGAGGUGCAGAGAUCAUCACAGCCUGGAGGUGCAGAGAUCAUCACAGCCUGGAGGUGCAGAGAUCAUCACAGCCUGGAGGUGCAGAGAUCAUCACAGCCUAGAGGUGCAGAGAUCAUCACAGCCUGGAGGUGCAGAGAUCAUCACAGCCUGGAGGUGCAGAGAUCAUCACAGCCUGGAGGUGCAGAGAUCAUCACAGCCUGGAGGUGCAGAGACACAUGCAGAUCAUCUGUUCACCUAUUCUGCAUCUCACAAAGACAUGGCGGUUGGAACCACAAAUCUAAAAUUUGGACUCAUCAGACCAAAGGACAGAUUUCCACCGUUCUAAUUUCCAUUGCUUGUGUAUCUUGGCCCAAGCAAGUCUCUUCUUCUUAUUGGUGUCCUUUAGUAGUGGUUUCUUUGCAGCAAUUGAACCAUGAUUCACACCGUCUCCUCUGAACUGGUGAUGUUGAGAUAUGUCUGUUAUUUUAACUCUGUGAAGCAUUUAAUUGGGCUGCAAUUUCUGAGGUGGUAACUGUAAUGAACUUGUCCUCUGCAGCAGAGGUAACUCUGGGUCUUCCUUUCCUGUGGCGGUCCUCAUGAGAACCAGUUUCAUCAUAGUGCUUGAUGGUUUUUGCGACUGCACUUGAAAGUUAUUGAAAUUGUCUUAAAGUAAUGAUGGACUGUCGUUUCUCUUUGCUUAUUUGAGCUGUUCUUGACAUAAUUAUGGACUUGGUCUUUUACCAAAUAGGGCUAUCUUCUGUACACCACCCUACCUUGUCCCAACACAAUUAAUUGGCUCAAAUGCAUUAAGAAGGGAAGUAAAUUACACAAAUGAACUUUUAACAAGGCACACCUGUUAAUUGAAAUUCAUUCCAGGUGACUACCUCAUGAAGCUGGUUGAGAGAAUGCCAAGAGUGUGCAAAGCUGUCAAGGCAAAGGGUAGCUACUUUGAAGAAUCUCAAAUAUAAAAAUAUACUUUAAUUCCAUAUGUGUUAUUUCAUAGUGUUGGUGUCUUCACUAUUAUUCUACAAAGUAGAAAAGAGUAAAAACAAAGAAAAACCCUUGAAUGAGUAGGUGUGUCCA